UAUAGGCGGGUUCACAACAACAUUAGAGCUUCGGAGGCAAUAGAACGCGGAAGUAAAUUUACAAUAGUAAAGGAGCUAAACCAAAUCGAAAAAAGUAUCGUAUCUAGUGUAGGCCUAUUAUUCUCAUAAACGUAGCUAUAAUAAUACGUUUAGUAGAUUUAGUGAAGUGACGCUGGAGUAUUAUGAACGCGGAAUUGGAAGAACAGGAGGAUGAACUGCUGGCGCUCGCGAGUAUCUACAGUCAGGAGUUCAGACGGGCUGUGUCAGGAUUGGGUGGGGAAAUCCGGGUCUCUUUGGACCUUCCUCGGGACUUCAGUGUGAUUGUCAAAGCAGGUGACAAGCACAGAGAUUAUGUCAUAUCUUUCCUCCCUCCUCUGGUGCUGACCUUCGACCUACCUUUGGAUUACCCCUCCACCUCAUCACCCGAGUUUAUACUGAGCUGUAAGUGGCUCUCCCAUAGUCAGCUCUCAGCAGUGUGUAAGCAUUUGGAUGAGAUAUGGGAGGACACUGUGGGCAGUGUGGUCCUCUUCUACUGGGUCCAGUUCCUCAGAGAAGACCUGCUUGACUUCCUGAAUAUCCGGCCACCGCUGGAGAUCCCUGUCAAUGACCAGGGCCAAGCCACUCCAUCUACUGAGGGCAGCGAGGCUGGAGACUCUCAGGGGGAAGCAGAAGGCAGUGUAGUUGAAACCUCUGAUGAGGCUGCAGUGUCCCUGGACCCAAGGGCCCUGUCAAUGUUAGCCACAGACACAGACCUCCUGGUGCAUCUGCUGGACUAUGAUGAGAGACAGAGGCUGAGAGUGUUCGAGGGACAGGCAUAUGACUGUGGGAUCUGCUUCAUGAGCAAGUUAGGCUGUAGUCAGUACAGAAAGUGUGGCCAUAUUUAUUGCAACGAAUGCAUGUCGGAGUACUUCACGGUCCAGAUCAGAGACGGGAACGUCCGUGGCCUUACCUGUCCAGAGCCUGAGUGCAGCUCCACAGCUACACCCUCACAGGUGAAGCGGUUGGUUGGGGAGGAGUUAUUCACCCGUUACGACCGCCUCCUGCUCCAGUCCACUCUGGACCGCAUGGCUGACGUGAUUUACUGCGCCCGCAAGGCCUGUGUUGCCCCAGUGGUGCUGGAACCGGACACAACCGCUGCCCUCUGCCCCUCCUGCCGCUAUGCCUUCUGCACUAUCUGUCGCAAGACCUACCAUGGCACCUCCCACUGUAAACUGAGGGCAAACACACUCCUGACCUCAGGCUCUGACUCAGCUGCUGAGUCAUCCUAUGCAGGUGUACCUCAGACAGAGGCUGGGCUCCAGGGCCUAUGGGAAGAUUAUGCCUCAGGCAGUGAGGAGAGGAGAAUGUUCCUGGAGAAACGCUAUGGGAAACACAUUCUCAACACAGUGGUGGAGGAGAGCCUGAGUGAAGGCUGGAAAGGCCAGAACAGCAAAAAAUGUCCAUCCUGCCGUGCCAACAUACAGAAGACCGGUGGCUGUAACAAGAUGGCCUGUUUCACCUGUGGUCAGUACUUCUGCUGGGUGUGCCUUAGUAUCCUGGACAAAAAUAACCCCUACAAGCACUAUGAAAACCCUAACACUGCCUGCUAUAAUGCCACAUUUGACUGACAGUAAUGUUGUGCUACUGAUAACCCUGUGCAUGUUAUUUUACAGCUCAAGUUCAGAUCAAAUCAUAUUUAUAGUCAAUGCUAUCAGAUUACUACAUGAGCUUUCUAAAAUCUUAGGCAUGUAACAAAACCUGCUGCUCAAAUACCUUGACCCAUUUGUUUCCUGGUGCACCUAAGUGCAACUCAAGCAAGGUUAUGGAUGAGCGCAAUAAAAUAUAACCUCGCAGAAAUGCAGGCUUUUUCAGACCCUUGAAAAGUGCUUCUUACAGUUCUUUAACACAUUUAAAUCUUUCUUUAAGAUUUACCUCAGUCUUUGGCCAAAUAUUAGGUCAAUAAUGAAGCUUCAUUCUAUGCUUCAAUAUAGUGUACAUCAGGGCUCUCCAACCCUGUUCCUGAAGAGCUACCGUCCAGUAGGUUUUCGCUCCAACCCUAAUCUAGCACACCUGAUUCUAAUAAUUAGCUGGUUGAUAAACUGAAUCAGGUUAGUUACAUCUGAGGUUGGAGCGAAAACCUACAGGAGGGUAGCACUCCAGGAACAUGGUUGGCGAGCCAUGGUGUACAUGAAUAGCUUUAAAAAUAAGAAUUUCCUCUGUGACAAGCAUCACAACAAUAAAUAUUUUCAAAAGUCUAAAACCUAAUAUUGAUGGAUUCUUGCAGUGUCUGUAUGUAAUUUUUCAUGUUUACAACAAUUUCCCUGUAAUAAUACAUUUUUAUGACCUCUGGAUUC